CGCACGCCUCGGCGCGCUGCAUCGGGCUCGGUGACAGCGGCGGGUUGGAGACACCCUCGCCGAACGCGGCGGGAGGUUCCGCUCCCAGCCGGCACCGAGAGCCGGGUUCAGCGGCGGCUCCUCGCUGUCCGCAACCCGCCGGCAGUCCUCGCCGAGCCCCCGCCGCCCGCCUGGCAGGGCUGCCGAAGCAUGCGGAGCCAUGGGCCAGGGCUGCGGACACUCCAUCCUCUGCCGGAGCCAGCCGUACCAGGCGGCCGCGUCUGACCUACGGGGCCAGCAGGUUUUCCUGAAGGUGGAGGACGCCGUGCCCGGCUCCGAGGCGCUACAGGACGCCCUGCUGAGCCUGGGGGCCGUGAUCGACGUCUCCUGCCUGCGGGACGCCCUCCGCCAUGCCCUCGUCUCCCUGCUGCCCAGGGUGGAGCACGUCUACAUCUACCUGCUGGACGGGGAAACCCGGCUGAUCUGCGACGACCCCCCCCAUGAGCUGCCGCCCGAGGGGAAGCUCAGGGAUGCGGUGCGGCGGCAGAAGCGGCUGGAGUGCGGGGGGCUGCCCCCCGCCGAGCUCCCCGGCCGGCAGCUGGGCCCCCUGGCAGCACCCCUGGCCCCCGGCACGCAAGUGCUCAUCAUCCCGCUGGUGGACAAGGACAGCGGGGCCGUGGUGUGCGUCAUCCUGGUACACUGCGGCCAGCUGAGCGAGUCGGAUGAGCAGAACCUGCGUGCGCUGGAGAGACACACCCUGGUGGCGUACCGGCGCCUGCAAGCCCUGCAGAAGCUGCAGCCCUGGCCCCAGGUCAGCCUCUCCACCAGCUCCUCCCAGAACUCCCUGGCCAAGCCCGAGAAGGCGCCCGACAGCGGCUACAGUGACCUGGACUGCAAGAUCCUGCAGCUCUGCGGCGAGCUGUACGACCUGGACGCCGCCUCGCUCCAGCUCAAGGUCGUCAACUACUUGAAGCAGGAGACCCAGUCGCUGUGCUGCUGCCUCCUGCUCGUCUCUGAGGACAACCACCAGCUCUUCUGCCAGGUGGUGGGGGACCGCGUCCUCGAGGAGGAGAUCAGCUUUUCGCUGACCUUCGGGCGCCUGGGGCAGGUGGUGGAGGACAAGAAGUCCAUCAUCUUGAAGGACAUCAGCGAGGAGGAGCACAAGCAGCUGAGCAGCAUGUUGGGCUGCGAGGUCACCUCCAUGCUCUGCGUCCCCGUCAUCAGCCGCGCCACCUCCCAGGUGGUGGCAUUGGCCUGCGCCUUCAACAAGCUGAGCGGGGAGAGCUACACGGAGGCGGACGAGCACAAGAUCCAGCACUGCUUCUGCUACACCUCCACGGUGCUCACCAGCACCUUGGCCUUCCAGAAGGAGCAGAAGCUCAAGUGCGAGUGCCAGGCCCUGCUGCAGGUGGCGAAGAACCUCUUCACGCACUUGGACGACGUCUCCGUCCUGCUCCAGGAGAUCAUCACGGAGGCCCGAAACCUCAGCAAUGCGGAGAUAUGCUCCGUGUUCCUGCUGGACCGGCUCAGCCACGAGCUGGUGGCCAAGGUGUUUGACGGCGGCGUGGUGGACGACGAGAGCUACGAGAUCCGCAUCCCCGCGGACCAGGGCAUCGCCGGGCACGUGGCCACCACCGGCAAGAUCCUCAACAUCAAGGACGCCUACUCCCACCCGCUCUUCUACCGCGGGGUGGACGACAGCACCGGCUUCCGCACCAGGAACAUCCUCUGCUUCCCCAUCAAGAACGAGAGCCAGGAGGUCAUCGGGGUGGCGGAGCUGGUGAACAAGAUCAAUGGUCCUUGGUUCAGCAAGUUUGACGAGGACCUGGCCACCGCCUUCUCCAUCUACUGCGGCAUCAGCAUCGCCCACUCGCUGCUGUACAAGAAGGUGAACGAGGCGCAGUACCGCAGCCACCUGGCCAACGAGAUGAUGAUGUACCACAUGAAGGUGUCGGACGAUGAGUACACCAAGCUGCUGAGCGAGGGCAUCCAGCCCGUGUCCACCAUCGACCCCAACUUCGCCAGCUUCACCUACACGCCGCGCUCGCUGCCCGAGGACGACACCUCCAUGGCCAUCCUGAGCAUGCUGCAGGACAUGAACUUCAUCAACACCUACAAGAUGGACCGUCACACGCUCACCAGGUUCUGCCUGAUGGUGAAGAAGGGCUACCGCGACCCCCCCUACCACAACUGGAUGCACGCCUUCUCCGUCUCCCACUUCUGCUACCUGCUCUACAAGAACCUGGAGCUCGUCAACUACCUGGAAGACAUCGAGAUCUUUGCCCUCUUCAUCUCCUGCAUGUGCCACGACCUGGACCACAGAGGCACCAAUAACUCCUUCCAGGUGGCCUCGAAAUCGGUCCUGGCCGCGCUGUACAGCUCAGAGGGCUCCGUCAUGGAGAGGCACCACUUCGCCCAAGCCAUCGCCAUCCUCAACAGCCAAGGCUGCAACAUCUUCGACCACUUCUCCCGCAAGGACUACCAGCGCAUGCUGGACCUGAUGAGGGACAUCAUCUUGGCCACCGACCUGGCCCACCACCUGCGCAUCUUCAAGGACCUCCAGAAGAUGGCGGAAGUGGGCUACGACCCCAAGAACAAGCAGCACCACAGCCUGCUGCUCUGCCUGCUCAUGACCUCCUGCGACCUCUCCGACCAGACCAAGGGCUGGAAGACCACCAGAAAGAUCGCGGAGCUGAUCUACAAGGAGUUCUUCUCCCAGGGUGACCUGGAGAAGGCCAUGGGCAACCGCCCGCUGGAGAUGAUGGACCGGGAGAAAGCCUACAUCCCUGAGCUGCAGAUCAGCUUCAUGGAGCACAUCGCCAUGCCCAUCUACAAGUUGCUGCAGGACCUCUUCCCCAAGGCGGCGGAGCUCUACGAGAGGGUGGCCAGCAACCGGGAGCAGUGGACGAAGGUGUCCCACAAAUUCACCAUCCGGGGUUUGCCCAGUAACAACUCCCUGGACUUUCUGGAUGAGGAGUACGACCCGCAAGCCCCCGACCCCCACCUCAACGGCUGCCUGGAGCCCGAAGGGGGGCGGCCCGAGGCGGGGGCCGAGUGAGGGGAACGAUGGGGGGGACACCACGGCCGGGGCUGGGGGCCAGGAGCGUCCCCAACCCUCGUCCUCCAGCCCAUGGGGAGGAGGUUUGGGGGGACAUCGAUGACUCCGGACCAACACGGUGAGGUCUGCACCCUGCCAGCACCCACCGUCGGUCCUUCCCCACCGGUGGGGUGACCGUCCCCUCCCUCCGGGGCAGGUCUUUGGGUGUCCCCUCCACCCGGUGAUCCCUGGACCCCUCUUUGCUGGGACUCUGCCUCGAUGGCCAGGGACACCGGGGGGGCACCGUGGGGCCGGGGGAUGGAUGUAAUUUAAAUUGCCUUAAGGCUGCAGGUCCUGUCCCCGCGGGGUGACAAUGGGGACGACAUCCUCGGUGGAAGCACCCCUGGAGGGGUCGUCCCCCUCAAAUGGGGCUGUGGGUCUGCGGGGGUCAGCGGGACGGAGGAGGACGGCAUGGGGCAGUGGGAGAGCUGGUGGGGUGGGCUGCAGGGCAUGGCAGGGGUGGGGGGGUGUCCCCGUGGACCCCAGAGGGGGCACGAGGCUGUGGGAGUUGGGGGCUGGGAGGUCUGAGGACAGAGGAGUCAGGAUCGGGCCCAUGGGAGGAGGCACCCAAGGCGGGAUGGCCACGGCCACGGGGAUGGGGAUGCUCUGCCUGCAUCUCCUGCCAGGUCCUGCCAGACCGACCCCACACGCUGCAGAACCAGGUCCUGCCUCCCCCCAGCACCUGCUGGGCAGCUGUUGGCUAAAAGAGCCCCCCCCCCGCCACCCCGGGGACCCCCCGGACCCCCUCACCCGUGGAAGGACUCGUGUCCCUCGCCCAGCCCGGUCCCACGCGGCCACGUCCCCUGCAAGGGCUACGUGCGUGCAAGGCUGGGGGGGCUCCUGCUCCUGCUCCGCACGCGCGGGGGGCUGCGCUCCCACAGGGACACCGCAGAGGGUCUGGUCCCCGCCGGGUCCCCAGCACGUCGGUGUUUCUGUAGCUCGGCACCACGGUGCCCACCCGGGAGCCUCCUCUCUGCAAGUGGCAGCACCGGUGACCAUGUCCAUGGGCAUCCCCACCUUGCAGUGGCUUCACUCCUCCUGCCGUGCUGAUCACCAUGCGUGGACCUGCCAGCGUCCCGUGGUUCUUCUGGGCCUGCAGACCACCGUGCAUGGACCCUGAUGGUCUCCUGUGGUCCUUCUGAUCCCAUCAACCGCCGUGCAUGGACCCUGCCAUCCUCCUCUGGUCCCGCUGAUUGCCAUGCAUAGACUUUACCAUCCUCCUGUGGACCCUCUGGUCCUGCAGACCACCAUGCAUGGACAGUGAUGGCCUCCUGUGGUCCUUCUGGUCCUACUUGGCACCAUGCAUGGGGCCUGCUGGCCUCCCACCAUCCCUCCUGCCCUGCUGACUGCCGCGCAUGGACCCUGCCAUCCUCCCGUGGUCCUUCUGGUCCUACAGACCAUCAUGCAUGGAUGGUGAUGGCCUUCUGUGAUCCCUCUGGUCCUACUGAGUGCCAUGCAUGGAUCCUGCUGGCCUCCUGUGGUCCCUCCGGACCAACUGACUGCCAUGCAUGGCCCCUGCCAUUGUCCCAUGGUCCCUCUGGUCCUGUUGAGCACCAUGCAUGGAUGGCGAUGGCCUCCUGUGGUCCCUCCGGACCAACUGACUGCCAUGCAUGGCCCCUGCCAUUGUCCCAUGGUCCCUCUGGUCCUGUUGAGCACCAUGCAUGGACGGUGAUGGCCUCCUGUGGUCCCUCUGGUCCUACAGUCCACCAUGCAUGGAUGGUGAUGGUCCCCUGUGGUUUCUCUGGUCCUACCGAGCACCAUGCAUGGACAUUGAUGGCCUCCUGCAGUUGCUCCUCUCCUACUGACCACCAUGCAUGGAGCCUGCUAGCCUUUCCCGUGGUCCCUCCAGUCCCACAACCCACUGUGCAUGGACCCCCCCUCAGCCAGCCCCGCAGGGUCCCUCCAGCUGCGCGUGACCCAGGUCUGUGUCACCCCAACCAAAGCCACCCGAAACGCCCACGAGCAGGGGAGCCGGGGCGGGGUGAGCCCCCACAAGCAGCUCACCUUGCCGGGCUUGAGCCGAAGGAGGGCUGGGGGUGAGGGUGGGUGCUGAGCCCUGAGGGAUUGGGGUGCUGCAUCACCCGGCUCAUGGGAGCUGCCGGGUUCACCGUUGCGGCAGGCGAAGGUGAUGGCAGCGGCACGGUGAAAUCCUAGCGCUGCCGAAGUUGGUCCCACCGGGGUCGGUCCCACCGGGGCGAAGGGCAGCCCGGGUGCCACCACGGGGCCGUUCGCCGCCCCAUCCCCGCUCCACCACAGCGUCCCACGGCACCGUCCCCGCGCCGAGCCCCGGCGAUGCCGCAGCGGGUCCCAGCGCCGCGGCUCCCUCCCAGAUUUGGGCUGUGGGGCGGCCGCUCCUCUCAUCGUCUCAUCUGCAAGCAACGCCGCGCCUGUUUUCUCGGGGUACCCAGAGAGCGCAUGUCUGCGGGAGCAGCGGGAGCCCCCAAAGCCGAGCUGCUCCCCAGGGACGGGGACGCGGUGACCUGAAUUCCUUUUGCCUUACCUACUCGGAGAUGCCUUUAGCGAGAUGCUUUGCCCAAACCCCGGUAGGACCUGCCCGGUGACCGCUGGCCCACGGCUUCGCCUUUGAGACCCCCUCAAGCCCUGCGAUGACACGGAGGGGGGUGUGUGUGUGUAUGGGGGUGUGCAGGGACGGUCCCAGAAGGCAGUGAACCCCCAAACUGCAAGAGGAGGAAGGCGGCUCCAGCCCCGGCGUGACGCUGGCACGGCUGUGCCACCAACGUGCCGAUGGGCACAACCGCUCCCGGCUAGUACCCGCAGCCCGGUGCCAAUUCGGGGGUGCCCGGUGAUGCGGGGGGGGGGGUCUUGCUGAUGCCAACGGAUCCGGGGUGGGUCCUGCAGUGGGGUGCCGCAUCCCGGGUACCACGCGGGGAUGCUCGUUUCCCAGCCGUAUCCCACUUUUCCAGCCCCCGCCGCUGGUGUGCGUAGGUGGUCGAUGCUUUCCCGGCUCCCGCCCCUGUACAUACCCUCGUGGGUACCGGGGAGCGUGCCCGGCACCCCGCCCAGCUCACCCAUCAGCGUGCACGGGCGUGCGUGGGUGUGCAAAACCUCCUCCGGCUUUUCUGUCCUCCCCUCUCGUGGCGCUGGAUGUUCUGGGCUCCACCGGAGUCCGAGGAGGAGACGACUUCUCCUUCUCCUUGUUCUUCUCCUUCUUCUUUUUCUUCUCCUUCUCCUUUUUUUUUUUUUGGUGGGUUUUGGUUUUCCUAAAUAAAUUUCAUACGUCGAUCUCCC